AGUUGUCUAUUGGCUUUUCAAAAAGCCAAAUGUGUUCAGAGAUUUUAGUUAAAAUACAUAAACAAUUAUCCAACAUAAAUAUAUACAAAUUAGAAAUAUAUGUAAAAUUCAUAUAUAAUUUUAUACAAGUUUUAGUUGAUUUAGAUUAAGUUCAAUUAAAAAAAAAAUAUUCAAAUAACUAAACCUGUAAUAGUAUAAUCGAUAUCGAUUGUUACUGUUCAUAACACUUAAGCAAAUAACAAAUUUAUACAUGUGAAUGCAAAUUUUGUUAUGCUUAAAUAUACUACAUAUAGUAUAAUAUGAAAAUAUGUGUGGCAGUUGGUCAAAUGGAAAAUAUUUUAUAUGAAGAAAAAUUAAACAGUCAUGAAAAUUUCGUUCAGUUCUGAAUUACAAAAGUCAGUGUAAUUCCAACCGGAAUAUUAAAAAUUCACUUAUUUAUAUUGUAAAAACACACAUUAUAUUAAACAAACAAAUGUAACGAUUAUUGCAGUUUUUUAAAAUACAAAAACAUGAAACAUAUCUGAAUUUCUGUGAACAUAGAACAGCACAACAACAAGUGCUUAGAUUAUAACGAUAAAUUCAAAUUAUUUAGUUAUGCUGAUUUAUUCAAAAUUACCAAGAAAAUACUAUUGAAUCGAAACAAUGGCAUGUGAAAAUGAAUAUGAAGAAAAUUUGGAAAACCUUCGGAAACUGUUUAGUGUUAAAAAUAUUGUAUCGUUUAAUAUAAAUCACGUCAAAUGUUCAGCAGGCAGCAGUUCCGGUGAUAAUUACAUGUCUGUUGUAAAACGUUUGCAAAUUCAAGGAUAUUCCGACGACCAGAAUGAUAAAGAUGAAUAUAUACUGUCCCUCAUUAUAAAACGACAAAUACCAAGUUUAUCCAGACGACAACUUUACCGAUGUGAUGAAGCGUUUUGUAAUGAAAUCAACGCAUACAAUCAUAUUGUUCCGCUAUUGGAGCAAUAUAUGACUGACACAAUAUUUCCGAAAUGUUAUUAUGCUGGACACGAUGAUAUGGGCGAAAUAAUUGUUUUGGAAGAUCUAAAAGAAAUUGGUUAUCGCAUGCAGAAUCGUUUAACCGGUUUAGAACUCAACUGUUGCGAAUUGGUAAUGGAGCAACUGGCAAAGCUCCAUGCUGCCUCUAUAGCAGCAAAGCAAUUAGACAAUAAAAUGUUUCGAGACAAAUGCAAACAAAUUAAUGAAAUAGUCUAUUGCCAGGAGGCGGAAGAAUUUUACAAAAAUAUACUGGACACUUCAAUACAGGAAUCUCUAAACAGUUUACGAGCAUCAAAUGUUGAUGAUUGUCUAACCGAACCGAUACGUUUGAUAGAAAAACUUCAGUACAAAUUAUUUGGCCAAAUACAAAAUUGUAUAACAAAUUCAAGUGAUCAUAUGAAUGUAAUGUGUCAUGGCGAUUUGUGGGUCAAUAACAUUAUGUUUACUACGUCUUUUACAAAUAUAACAACAGCAGAUACUAAAUCCCAAGAAUCAAAUCAUCUCUACUGCUCGCCAUGUAGUGUCAAAUUCUUUGAUUUACAAGCGAUGCGUUAUACUUCACCCGUUUUUGAUAUACUUCACUUUAUUUACACAAGUACAAAACGAGAUCUUCGAGAAUUAUACACGAAGCAUUUGCUAGAAAUUUAUUAUUUGGCAUUAUCGGCAAAUCUGGAAAAGCAAUUUGUACAUUCGAUCGCGGAAUUAGAUGCAAUACGCUCAACAUUUUCCCUGCGCAAUAUUACCGAUGAGUAUUAUAAACAUGUGCUCUAUGGUUUGGCGAUUUCUAUGUGGAUUCUGCCUGCGGUAACAUUUGAUCCUAAUAAUAUCCCAAAUUUGGAUAUGAUAAGCGAAAUGAAUAAGAGUGCAAAAGAAAUCAAGUGUACACAAAAGUUGACACCGGAAUACCAUUCUCGUCUAAAGGACUUGGCAUUGGAAUUCUAUCAAAAUGGCUAUUUAAAUUUUUUGCUCAAUAAUGAUUGAUUUGUAUUUUAUUAUUAAUAAUCUAUCGGUUAAACGAUAACAGGAGAUUGAGAUUUUCGGCCUUAAUGUAUUAUUUUUGAAUUAAAUUAAAAAUAAAAAUAAUAAAAAUGUUUAUUUUAAUAAAAGUUAUAUUUAAGUUUUUGCACAUGGCAUUUCCCGCUAAUUAACGUUUAAACUAAGCGUAAAUAACAAGUAAUCGAAUUCUUAUUGAACGUUGCAUUUGUUAAAUCGGAUGAACAUUUUUCAACAAUGAACACUGUUAAUUUUUCUGAAAAAUGUGCGAUAUAACCAAAUCUAGAGAGCAACAAUUUUUACCACUAUUUUUGGUUAAAGAAUUUUUUGAUUAUCUUUUAAUAAAAAUUUAAACUUUACUUAGUAUUCACUAUCGAAAGAAUUU